AUGGCGCGGCACUUGAUGAGUUUGCAUUUGAAUUUGGCCCAAGUAUGUCUUCAACUCAAGGCCUACGAGCCAGUGAUCAUGCACAGCACCCAAGCAUUGAAAGUGGACCAGGAGAAUGCAAAGGCGUUCUACCGCCGCGGACUUGCGCAGGAAGCCUUAGGCAAGACGCAGGCUGCAGCCAACGAUCUGCAAAGGGCUGUGAGGAUCGAGCCUCGCAACGCUGAGGUCCGAAAAAAGUACGAAGAGUUGAAGAAGAUCCUGGCGGAGAUCGAGCGAAAGAAAGACGAGGAGGAAGGACCUGUAGAGCACGACGUCCAAUCCCUGCCCCGUGCAUGGAUGGAGAUCGUCAUCGGAGGCAGUGAGCCACGGCGCUUGGUCUUUGCGUUGUACAGCGACAGCGCGCCCACGACCGCGGAGAACUUUCGUCAGCUGUGCAGCGGAGAACACGAAGGUUUGACGGCCAGAGGCAAGCGUUUCCACUACAAAGGCAGCCUGCUGCAUCGGAUGAUCCCCGGACUAAUGAUCCAGGGCGGUGAUUUCGAGAAUGCCAACGGGACGGGCGGCGAGUCCAUUUAUUCCCGGCGUUUCGAAGACGAAAACUUCCGGGAGAAGAUUGCGCGGCGAGGGCUAUUGUGCAUGGCCAACGAUGGGCCCAACACCAAUGGCUCCAACUUCUUUGUGUCGUUUGACGCACAAGAUCAUCUGGAUAGGAAACACGUGGUCUUCGGCGAAGUCUUUAGCGGCAUGGAUCUGCUGGCCGAUUUGGAGAAGCUGGAGACGAACGAAGAGUGCAGGCCCCUGGUGGACUGUGUGGUCGUUGACUGCGGAGCUGAUCUGGCCAAAGGUCCUUCACCAGCCUGA